AUGGCACCUUCUCUGCAAACCGAAUCUACAUUGAACCCUCUGUCACCCGGGGCGGGGGGACAUUGGAGACGAAUCUCUGGAGGUCUUCACGAUUUUGACAGUGUCUCUAAUGGCGCAGCCCGUUCGGUGGUCUCACGAAGGAUCUCCAGAAAAGCAGCAGGUGCUGGAGAGUCAUCAAACAUCUCUAACGUGGUAUAUUCCCUGAAACGCAGAAGUGGUGACGAACUGGGAGUGACAACAUCCUCCAAGCUGCUGAAUGCAAAUCACGCUACACUAUUAGACUGGAUCCGUCAUCAGCGUAUGAGUAAGAUUCCCCCAGAGGGAAGCAGCUAUGACAAGGUCCUCGCAUGGGCUCAACUAUUUGUCGAACGUUUGCACUCAUUUGACCUUGCAAUCGAGCACUUUGCGGGAGAUAGCUACUUGGCUGCACAGUUGGCAUACGGCUAUUGUGCAAUCUUGCUGGAGCUUGGUGAAGAAAACUCUUCGGCACUCAGAAUCUCUUUCGGAUUUUUCUACAGCAUAUCCAUGGUGCUAGUGAACCUCCUCGAGCGUACCGAGCUUUUCGCGGUGUCCCAAGAGAUCAAAGAACAACUCGUCCUGGCAUUGACCGACCUAGUUACACUUGUGGCCAGUGUAUCGACAUACUUCCAUAAAGCUCUGCGUGGGCUGACAAAACCUUCCAUAUCCGUGAAUAUCUAUGGCACUUUCUCGGGGCAGAUUGAGAGUUUCCGUGGUCGGUGCGAGAAGAUUUCUGAGGCAAUGUGGAAACACCAACUCUUGAAAGAUGACUUGGAUGGGGAGCGUGUUUCCGAAAUCAAAUCCAUCAGGCAGUGGUUGGCUCCAGAGGACCGUGUACUUGCAAAUGUUGCCGAAAAUACCUCGCACCUUGCCCAUGACCGUGAAGAAUUGACAUGCCUGUGGUUGAGCCCUUAUCUGACUCGUUUCCUAAAGAGUCAACAGCUCAAGGGUCUGUCAAUUUCAGGUGCACCGGGCUCCGGAAAGACGGUUUUAGCUUCGGUCAUUGUUGACCAUUUACAACACCCUAUCGGCGGUGUGGCAUAUAACACAAUCUUUGUUCCAAUUAAUGCUCGAGUCCCUGUGGAGGCAGAACCUCAGGCAGUGGUUAAGUCGAUCCUUCGCCAGUUGUUUGAAAAACGAAUCGGCAACACGCAAUUAUUCCAAAUUCUUUCUAAUGCCUACGAUCGUAGUAAGAAGGCCGUUGGCAUAGAUGAAUAUGAGAAGAUUCUUUGGGGUGCCUUAGACGCGUCCCUCGGAUCCCCUCUCCGUGGAGCCAAGCCUGUCGUACUGGUCGUUGACGGCCUCGAUGAAACCUCUGGCUCAGAGGCCAUUUUGCUUCAGAGACUUCAAGAGGUCACACACAAGACAGCUAACUUCAAAUUGAUCGUUCUGGGCUCUCAGAGGUUCGAGGCAUCAAGAGAACUCACCAGCAUAAACAUAACCUCGGAAUUGAUUUUUGACGACAUUGCGGCCGUGGUUCGCAACGGGUACGAAACGUACCCAGUUUAUACCAAGCUAUCAGAGACUGAACAAGAAAUCCUCAUUGAGCAAAUCACCCAGGCUGCCAAUGGCUCUUUUCUCUGGGCUAAGCUUGCUUCCAAGCUCGCGCGCAAUGCAGAAACCUCCGAAGCCUUGCAAAAGUCUGUCAAUUCUUUAGCUACUUCAAAGUUCACCAUUGUAGACUUCGUCGCGCAAUUUAUACAGUCUCCAGAUCUCACGGAGGAAGUGAAAAUUAUGUUGGUUUGGCUAGCCACUGCUAAUCGUCCCCUAUCUCAGAGCGAACUCUCCACAUUGCUCUCUGUUCAAAUCGACAAGGCCACAGUCAUAGAUCGGAAGAUCGACGUUUUGAAMCUCCUCAAGCCAGUAAAUUCUCUAGUAUACCUUGAGGAUGGUUACGUCUAUCUGCGACACGGUCAAGUUCGCUCGGCUAUCAUCGAUGUCUUUUCAAAGGGCAAGCUUAUUCCAAGCGUGAAGGAUAGACAUGCCGACUUGCUGAGAAGGCUUUUCAUCUACUCCCGUUUUGCAAUUACGGAAGAUUCCGAGCCUUCAUUGAGUUCUUUCGAUCGUUUCGAAAAGUCGAAGCUUCUUGAUAAAUUCGUCCUUCUUGACUUUUCCUUGCGAUACUGGUUCACACAUCUCCGUCAGACGACAGCAUUUACCACGGAUGGAGAAAAUGGGGUCAAAAAGGAAUUUGGCAAGCUUUUCCCGACAAACACGACAUUCUUUUUGCUGGAGCAGGCUGUUUGGGAACAUAGACCCGUACCGACUCUCCUGUCAUGGUACACGGCUGUCACGAAGCUGACGCGUAAUAUCCUCACACCCAACCACCUGGCAACACUACAGUCAAUCCUAACACUUGCUCUGUUUUACCGCCAAAUCAACCGCUAUCCAGAGGCAGGCCAGUUGUUCUAUGAGGCAACUUCUAUCAGCCGCACGGUACUCAACUCACAGCACAUCAUUACCACGCAAGUUGCAAGUCUCUUCUUAGAAGUAACGGCCGAGAAAGUCACCGAGACCAAAACAGAGAUUAUGACUAGAAGGGAGGAAGUCCUUCUCCUACUAGUCGAUGCCUACAAGGUUCAUUAUGGAGCGACCUCUGAAAUUGUGAUUUCAACACUUACUCAGUUGGUUGAACACUAUCAGCUUAUCAAGGAAGAGUCUAAGGCAAGAGAGAUCAUAAUUUCUCUCAAGUCAGCUACUAUACAGCAAUAUGGUGCAGACUCUCAAGAGGCUCGUGAUAUAGGUGGUAGCCUAAAUGUACAUCUCACUGGUCAUGCUACCCAGAUCGAGACGGAUACUCAAACAACACUCCUCCUAGACAUUGAGGAGAGGGAUGAGCUUAUUGAAUCAGAAACCCAAGACUUCUGGUCUCUCUUGAAAAAAGCUGAAGAAUAUUCGUCCAAAGGUCAUUUCCGUCUUGCUGAGCAGAUAUUCGUUCAAAUUUGGCAACGCGCAAGCAGAGAAUGUCGCAUGCACUAUUCUUCGGAGUGGGAAGAAAGAAAGUUCAAGGCUGUUUUGUCGUACUCUCAAUUUUUGAAAACGCAGAAGCGGGAGUACGAGGCAUCCUCAUUACUCACGACGACGUGGCAAGAGUAUGAACAGACAAGUGUGGCAACCGAGACCUCUGUUUCUUACAUAUCCGAAAUGGCCAAUGUCAUGAAGACUGUCGGUUUAGCUAGUCUUGCUCUUUCAGUCUAUAAGCGUGUUGCGCAAUUCUACGAGAGCACUAGCCGAACCCAGACGUCUACAUAUAAAGAGAUCCAGCAGAGCAUUCAGAUCACGUCGCAAGAGGUUAUGAAGGUGGUGUCCUCAUCAUCCUCUGUCACUUCCGAAUCCACGCUCGAGGAGAUUGUAUAUGAAGCGUCGUCUUCUAUCACCAAAGUCGAUCAAACUUCGAUUACAGCUGUCUCCUCUCUCUACGAGAUGUACAUCUCACAGCAUCGCUGGCACGAUAGUACUCGUUUGAUCAAGCGAGUCCUGCAUGGAAUCUGGCCCAAUCUUUUUGCUCCAUCACUUCAAGAUGUUACUCUUCCUGGCAAGCAUGUCGAUCACUGCAUCGAGCUUGCCGAGAAGUUGAGUCAAUGUUAUCACGCUCGUCGUCGACUGGGAAAGGAAGAAGAUAUCCGUACAAGAAUAUAUCGAGCAGUUCGAUCCGAUCGUCAAGUUGGAGACAAACUUCUUGAUCGUGUCACAACGGAACUUCUACGCUUGUUCGAACGUACUUCUCAAACCGACAAAAUCAUUACUCUUCGCCAGGAAUUACUGAGCGAUUAUAUUGGUAAAUAUGGUCUUCACCAUUCAAUCGUGAUUACCAAUCUCUGGGCUCUGGCAGAGCUGACGCGUCCACGGCCUAUCUUCGUCGACUAUUACCGUCAAAUUGUCACUGCCGUCAACAAAGACUCUGAUAUCAGUCUGCCAGACGCAUUCGAACCUCUCGUCAUUGUUGCCACAGAGUUGUGGACUCAAGGACGCUAUUCUGAUGCUGUGCACUACUACCAGAUUCUAUAUAAGACCUUCCUUCAACAGCCUAAAGUCAACCCUAAAUUCGAAGACCAGGAAUUUGUCAAAUCAUUGUUCACGCGGUACACUUAUUCUCUUCGGGCUCUACAGACAGAUUUUGCUAUCAUUCAUAAAAUUACAGUCGAUUACCAGGCUAAGGUUAAGGCUACUUUCGGUGCUACUGCGUCCAUCACCAUCCAAGCGACCUUGACAUUGGCAAAAAUCUGCCAAGAAUCCAAGCGACUUGAAAUUGAGGCAAUUCAUCUGUACGAGGAGCUACUGAAAAUCAAGUCCGAGGAGAUUGACUAUCAGGAGAUUACUGCAACACUCGAUGCUAUUUAUGAGGAGCAGACUGCUAUAGUAACUUCAACUGAAUUAGAGUCAGUAUCUUCGGCGCAGGUUGAACGUGCCGUAUCCGUUCUCAAGCGUCGCAUUACCACUAUACGGAAGAGCCACGGGUGGGCCCACGAGGAAUCUCUUUCUAAGAUGCAAGAGAUGGUCUCCUUCUACUCCAAGCGUAACGAGACUGAGACGGUUCUCAAGGAGUUGAAGGAGGCUACGGUACAGAUACUGACAACAGAAACUUCCUCUACCAAACUUAUCGCUAGUGCGUCGGCCAUAGCUACAAGCUACAUUGCAUCCAAUCAGAUUCAUAAGGCGACUGAGCUAUCCCACGAAGUUUACCGACAGAUUAUCAUGAAAGACAGCGCCAACGUCAAGUCUGUCAGCUUCGAUGUGACGUCCAAAGAACGUCAAAGCUUAGUGUUCUUGGCCCAGCUUGAAUACAGCUUGCGUCAAAACUCAUCGGUCACGCUGAAUGAGAUUUUCUCAGCUUUGACUACCGAGUAUAUCUACUUCGAAGAGUAUAGGGGUCAACUGAAAUCAACAAGUACCACUCUGCAGAGUCUUACAUUGACUGCUGCACGACUACAUGCGUUCUUAUUAUCCCGAGAACGCCAGUCAAUUGCUACGCAGGUGUAUGAGGAUUUCCUCAACUAUUUCCUGAGUACAGAGGGAAAACGCAUUAAGUUGACUGAGAUAUCUCAGGCCAGGAUCUUCACCCUCACGUUACUCAACUACUUUAGCCUUCACGAGACUAAAAACUUCCUUCGUUCUGUCGGUAUAGCAAGCCAUGAGCAAACUCAACAGCUGAUUGCCGCCAAGAGAUACGAUGUUGCUGCUGAUCUUGCACUUGCUGCUUUCCGUUACAUUUCUGCUCAUGCAGAGUAUCGUAGUGCGGCGAUUUUGAAGUUUGUUUUCCAACUUGGCCUGACGGUUGCGGGACGCAACGCCGUACCACAAUCCGAUGAAGCUGCUCGUUCAAAGUUGUUAAAGAUUUCCUCGGUGAUCCUACAGGAGGCUUUCAAGGUUACCAAAGAGCUGAAAAUCAAUUUGACACAACUUAGUCUCGCUAAUUUGAACAAUAUCAUUGCUCUUCUCGGCGAACAGCAGGACUACGUGUCUUUGGCCUGGCUUCUGACGCUCCUUUGGAACAGUCGUGAGGCUCAACGUACGUGGCAGUCGUCCGUCACAUUUGCUCUGGGACGUCGUUUUAUUCUUGUACGCUACCUGGUGGGAGAGGUGUCGGGCGCACUUCGUCUCGCGGAAGAUAUUGUCUAUAAUUGUCGCCGCGUUCAUGGACCUCGUCAUCCUAGCACACUUGAGAUGUCCAUUCUCUUGUCUCAACUAUAUACCAGCGUCGCUCAGCGGUACCAGAGCCAGAAGUCCGGCCAUGAGAUUGCCCAUCGCUACUACAAGAAGGCCGCGGCCGUUCACGAAAACAUUCUACGUGUAUUUAGCGAUCCAUCGUUUGCCGAACUUGAAGGUGGUGAUAUGAGCAUGAGCAUGGAUGGAUCCGCAUAUUCUCUCGAACUAGUCAAUGUUGCGACCAGUAACUGGACGGAGGGUCAACAUGUUCGUCAACACCUUGAUCUUCUAAAACUCGCUGUUGAACGUUUGGGCGACUGGCCCAAAGAUUACAGUGAGUUUGAACGUCUCAAUGCCGAUAUCUUCCGCGAAUUCAAAGAGGAUCUCAAUGGUGUUGAGGGUGUAGAGAAAUGGACACCAAAGAAAUUUGGAUCCGGAAAGGCUGAGAGAAAUGAUGAUUUGUUGGAUACUAAUAUCAAGAGUUGGGAGAUUGUGGAAACAUCGGACACAAAUGGAUUCCAUGCAGAGGAGGAGGAGGAACUGUAA